UCCCCUGAUUUUUCCGGGAAACUUGAAAACAACAACAAUACAAACAAACAUUUUUAAUGACAAACUGAAUGUCACAUUUAACUCAAACUCCAAUCAAAACUGGCAUAAAUGUUCCGAUUGGUCAUUUGAUAGUAAAUCCGAAAUGGAAAAAUUCAGAUUUAUCAACGACUUUGCAAAGCAGUAUUCAAGUUUUGUAUGAUGACAACUUGGGUAUGGUAGAUUUUUACCCAUCACCAAAUACUGGAGUUGUGUACAUCACAGAAGCUGAACUUGUCUCAAACAGUUAUAGGAGAAGAUUGGCAAAGCUAAGAAAGGCCAAUAAGAUACCUAUUGUUGUGAUCGGAGAAAGAACUGGAACUAGCAGUCAGUAUUUUUGUCCCCUUCAGAAGUUCUGUGUCAUGGAACUUGGAUUUUCAUUGAUCCCAGUCCCUUCACAGAAGGAGGCAGGAACAUUUCUAGCUCAAAUGGUCCAUGUUGAAGGACACAAGGAGGCCAACCCAUUUACCAGAAAGAAGAGAUCAGCACCUUUAGAUCAGGCUUUGUUAGCUUCUGUUAAAUCUAUACCUAAACUAGGAGAAGUCAAAUCUAGAAUGUUAUUAGAAAAGUUUGGAAGUCUCCAUGCUAUAAGUAAAGCAUCUAUUCAGGAAUUGACAACUGUUGUUGGAAAAGCUAGUGCUGAACAUAUAAGGACUUUCCUAGGUAAUCCAUCCUAAAUGUCACAUUUUGCUGUCUAGCAGUAGCUUGUUCAGAAAAUAUUUAUCCAGAUCAAUCAAGAGCACAAGUACACAACAGUAAUUAUUGUUACAAAUACCAAAGACUGAAUACAUAGGCAGUGUGGAAAGUUCUAAAGAGCUUGAAGAAAGAGCUUUGAAGUAAAAGUAAACAUUAAAAAGAACUUACAGUGAAUGUUUGAUAAUAAGAAUGCUUCAAAAUGUUAACAUUAUCAAAAAUAAAAA